CUAGCUUUUGUGCCACUCUCACACGACACCAGCAGCGCGAUCCCCCAGUGUGUCCGAGAUCCUCCCUCGACAUCUAGCUAGCUAGCUAUACCAUGCGUGUCCUCUUGCUCCUCCUCCUCCUCCUCUCCGUGGCCUCUUCUCCGGCGACGGCGUCGGGCGACGGCGGCGUGGCCGUUCCAGUGGGGACUACCGUCUUGUCCUCCUUCUGCAGCCCCAACAACAAGACGAGCGUCCCGCGGACGUACCAGCCCAACAGCACGUUCGCGGCCAACCUCCAGAAGCUCGUCGCCGAGCUCCCGACGAACGCCUCGGCGUCGGGCUUCUCGGCGGGGAGGUUCGGCGCGGCGGGCCCCGGCGCGGCGUACGGCAUCGUGCUCUGCCGCGGCGACUACCUCGGCCAGCAGUGCGUCGACUGCCUCGCCGAGGGGUUCGUGCAGGCGGCCAGCAGGUGCCCCAGCAGCGUGGACGCGACCAUGUACUACGACCAGUGCCAGCUCCGGUUCUCCGACCAGGACUUCCUCGCCGGAGCGGGCAACAUGCCGGAGAGCGCCGCCUCCAACAUGAACAAGGUGUCCGCCGGGAACGCCGCCGCGUUCGACGCCCUGGUCACGCGGCUCGUCGCCGCGGUGUCCGACGCCGCCAGCAACAGGAGCGGCCGGUACGCCACGGGCCAGGCCGGGUUCCCGCCGGAGGACAUGAACGUGUACGCGCUCGUGCAGUGCACGCAGGAUCUGACGACGGCGCAGUGCCGGGAGUGUCUGGCCGACCUCAGGGGCCAGAUGGCCAGUUUGUUCGCCGGGAAAGUGGGUGGGAGGAUUCUCGGCGUGCGCUGCCACAUCAGGUACGAGAAGGAUGUCUUCUUCGCGCAGACCCAAGAUAUGCUCACGCUGACGCCGCUGCUGCGUUCGACCAAAGGUAGCAACACGAGGCUGUGGAUCGUUGCCAUCGUCGUCCCCGUGUCCGUGCUCCUGGCCUGCUUCUUCGCGUGCUUCCUCUGGAUCAGAAAGCGGAGGAGGAGAGUGAUCAACAUGUCAGGGAGGGUGAGCGUGCCCACCAUGUCCAUGGAGAUGGAGCAGGUGCUCAAGCUCUGGAGGGUCGAGGAGAGCGACUCCGAGUUCUCCAUCUUCGACUUCGACCAGAUCGCCGACGCCACCGACAACUUCUCCGACGACCACAAGCUCGGCCAGGGCGGCUUCGGACCCGUCUACAAGGGUGAGCUGCCCGGCGGGCUAGAGAUCGCGAUCAAGCGGCUGUCGUCGGUGUCGGUGCAGGGCCUGAUGGAGUUCAAGAACGAGAUCCAGCUGAUCGCCAAGCUGCAGCACACCAACCUGGUGCGCCUCGUCGGCUGCUGCGUGCAGGCCGAGGAGAAGAUGCUCGUGUACGAGUACAUGCACAACAAGAGCCUCGACUUCUUCAUCUUCGACGGCGACAAAGGGAAGGCCCUGACCUGGGACCGGCGGUUCCGGAUCAUCGACGGCGUCGCGCAGGGCCUGCUCUACCUGCACAAGCACUCGCGGCUGCGGGUCAUCCACCGGGACCUCAAGGCCAGCAACAUCCUGCUGGACCGCGACAUGAACCCCAAGAUCUCCGAUUUCGGCAUGGCCAGAAUCUUCUGCUCCAACGUCACCGAGGCCAACACCACAAGGGUCGUCGGCACGCAUGGCUACAUCGCUCCGGAAUACGCUUCCGAGGGUCUCUUCUCCAUCAAAUCCGACGUGUUCAGCUUCGGCGUCUUGCUCCUCGAGAUCAUAAGCGGGAAGAGGACCGCCGGCUUCUACCAGUACGGCAAAUUCUUCAACCUCACAGGAUAUGCGUACCAGCUGUGGCAGGACGGGAAAUGGCACGAGCUGGUGGACCCGGCGCUGGGCGACGACCUGCCGGUGGGCGAGGUGAUCAAGUGCGUGCAGGUGGCGCUGCUGUGCGUGCAGGACAGCGCCGACGACCGGCCCAACAUGUCGGAGGUGGUGGCCAUGCUGGGGAGCGAGGGGAUCACCAUGCCGGAGCCCCGCCAGCCGGCAUACUACAACGUCCGGAUCACCGGCCUCGCCGUGUCGUCCGACUCCUUCGGCGAGUCCUCCUGCAGGAUCAGCAGCAUCACCAUCACGGAUCACGAGGAAGGCAGGUAGUAGUGGCUGCUGUAGCUCGAUCGGUAAUUAAUGGUAACUGUACAGGACGGUCGUUUAUUAUGAUCAGAAUACAGAGACACGGAAAGAAACAACACAGAAACGAUCAGGAUAGGUUAACAUAGCUGGCCGGUGUAAGAUACUCCACAAACGUGUUAACGAACGCUUUUAGUUUCUGCUUGACUAGCUCCAGCAAUAAUUUUUGGCCCAUACCCCAUAGUUGACUUCAUUCAGUGGUUUGCUGAUCUGUAAACUUGUGUGGUAUUUGGAAGUGCGCACUGUAAUAUGCGAUUGUAGUUGACACAUGUAUGUGCUUACGGUGUUAUAUAUUUAGGAUGGAACUACUAGUAAUAUUCUAAAUAUAUGUACAUACUGAAACUCUGAAUAACAGUGUUGAUUGUUGAAA